AUGGAUUCAGACACCUUGCAAGCCUUCCAGAAAGAACUCACCUGCUCCAUCUGCAUGGACUUCUUCCUAGACCCCGUCACCAUAGACUGUGGGCACAGCUUUUGCCGUCCCUGCCUGUGCCUGUGCUGGGAGGAAGGCCAAACUCCAAUGUGCUGCCCUGAGUGCAGGAGAGGAUCAGAGAAGCCAGAUUUCAAGACCAACAUCGUACUCAAGAACCUGGCUUCCCUUGCCAGACGGGCCAGAGCUUCCUACGUCAACAGCUCUGAGGAGCACACCUGUGUGGCACACAAAGAAGCCAAGGGGGUCUUCUGUGACGUUGAAAACAGCCUGCUCUGUGGGCUCUGCUCUCAAUCCCCAGAGCAUGUGGCUCACAGCCACAGCCCAAUGCAAUGGGCUGCUGAGCAAUGCAGGGAGAAUCUUCUAAAGAGAAUGGACUCCUUAUGGAAUAUGACUCAAGAAAUGCAAACCAGUCUGAAGCAGGAAACAAGUAAAACCCAGUCUUUAAAGGAGUAUGUGGCCUUAAGGAAGGUGAUGAUCAAAGCUGAAUAUCAGAAGAUGCAUCUGUUUCUCUGUGAGGACCAGCACCUCCACCUGGACACAAUAGAGAGAGAAGCCAAGGAGAUUUUCCAACAACUCAAGGAAAGUGAACUCAGGAUGAUCCAACAGAAAGAAAGCCUGAAAGACAUGUACAGAGAGCUGACUGAGAGGUGCCACAAGCCUGACAUGGAGCUUCUCCAGGUGAGAACGGGGAGUCCAUCCUCACAGACAGGCAUCCUUUUGGGAGCAAGGACUGAAUUGGUGCAGAUGCAAAAGCCUCAGCCAGUGAACCCAGAACUCACUUCAUGGCGCUUCCCUGGAAUCCUAGACAUGCUGAACAGCUUCAGAGUGCAUAAUGUUCUGACUCAGGAAACCAUCACUCACUAUAUGAGCCUUCCUGAGGACGUGAGAAGUAUGAUGUUUGGAGAUGAGCGUCAGGGCACGUCCAGAGAGCCCCAGAGCACGCAGAGCUUUGCGGCAUGGGGAGCUCAGACCUUCACCUCUGGUAGGCAUUACUGGGAGGUGGACGUGCCGCACUCCUUGAACUGGAUCCUGGGAGUCUGUAAAGAUUCCUUGGUAAGCGAUACUGGUAUCACUAUUGAUUUUGAAGAAGCUUCUCUCCUGUUUUCUUUGAGGAUGAACAAUCAUUAUCGUCUCUCUACUAACUCCCCACCCUUAAUUCAGUAUAUGGAAAAGCCUCUGGGUAAGAUUGGAGUCUUUCUCGAUUACGACAAUGGAAGCGUGAGCUUCUAUGAUGCUGACAAAGGUUCCCUCAUAUGUAGCUUAGUUUCUUCCUCCUUUUCUUCCCCUCUGAAGCCUUUCCUUUGCCUUGGUUCCCCAUGA